CUGCAACCUUUUUUCCCAAGGACACCCUGUUCAACGCCUUUCGCCGCCUUUGGUAUCGAGCAGACAUUUCUGCGCAAUCUAGUCUGAGCGCGAGCUCUUUAUUGACGCUCGCUAUGGCGCAGAGAACAUCUAAACUCGUGGAUAACGACCAGAUCCAAGCCGCAAGCCUCCAUAACCCCCUACCUAUUUAUCUGAAGGCCUACAUCUGGCCCUAUACGAUACUAUGGCCCAUCUUCCUCGCAUUUUAUCUCAAUGAAGAUCUCUACGACGAAUACAUUGAUGGUCAAGAAUGGACUUUUGUGUGGGUGGCCACCAUAACCACUCUUCAGUCUUUAACGUGGCUUUCUACGAAAUGGAACGUCAACUUGGACACUACGUUCACCACAACUAAAGCGACGAAAGUUGAAGAUGCUCGACUGAUCAAGGUUAUCCCCGUUGUCAAUUCCGGUGCACCAGCCAUCUGCAAGCUGGAAAAGGGUCAAGAUGGCAGGAUCUACUUCCUUUUUCAAAAGAGACGGUUCGACUAUUAUUCGGAGAAAGGGAUAUUCGCGCCAUUGACUUAUAAGAUUGACGCGGAGAAGAAACCCCUGCUCCGGGAGUUCCAGUUGUCAAAGGGCCUGACCACUGCAGCUGAGAUUGACACUGUUCAUCAGCAUUAUGGAGAUAACACAUUCGACAUUCCGGUUCCUACGUUUAUGGAAUUGUGGAAAGAGCAUGCUGUGGCGCCGUUCUUCAUCUUCCAAGUCUUCUGUGUCGGUCUGUGGUUGCUCGACGACUAUUGGUACUAUUCGCUGUUCACGCUAUUCAUGCUGGUGGCUUUCGAAAGCACUGUUGUCUGGCAGCGGCAACGCACUUUGAAUGAGUUCCGAGGAAUGGGCAUCAAACCCUAUGACAUCUGGGUGUACCGAGAAAAGAAGUGGAUUGAGAUCAAAAGUGACAAGUUGCUGCCAGGCGACUUGGCAUCCGUGGGUCGAUCGCAGGAAGAUUCCGGCGUGGCAUGCGAUAUGCUUCUGAUCGAAGGUACUGCCAUUGUCAACGAAGCCAUGCUCUCUGGUGAAAGUACGCCACUACUGAAGGAAUCAGUUAUGCUUCGCCCAGGCGAUGCACCAAUCGAUCCUGAAGGACUGGAUAAGAACGCUUUGCUCUGGGGAGGUACCAAGGUCCUUCAAAUCACCCAUCCAGCUGCCAGCGAAGAUGCCCACGAGACAGUCCCUUCUGUGAAGUCAGGGGUGCCUCCGCCUCCUGACAAGGGAGCUAUGGCUGUUGUCUUGAAGACCGGCUUUGAAACAAAUCAAGGUAGCCUCGUCAGGACUAUGAUCUACUCCACAGAACGUGUCUCAGCAAACAACGCCGAAGCUCUAUGGUUCAUUUUAUUUCUGCUGAUCUUCGCCCUGGCAGCAUCGGGAUAUGUCUGGCAAGAAGGUGUCAAAAAUAACCGAAAGCGAUCCAAGCUACUGCUCGACUGCAUUUUGAUCGUUACCAGUGUCGUGCCGCCCGAAUUGCCCAUGGAAUUGUCCUUGGCUGUCAAUACCAGUCUGGCAGCACUCAGCAAAUUCGCCAUCUUCUGCACGGAGCCAUUCCGGAUACCCUUUGCUGGACGUGUCGAUAUCGCCUGCUUUGAUAAGACUGGAACUCUCACAGGUGAAGAUCUUGUCGUCGACGGCAUUGCGGGCUUGGGUUUGGGUAAGCCAAAUGGCGAGACUGAGCCAGAUGGUGCGCAGUCUAGUAUUGCCAAAGUACCCGACUGUGGCAUCUACACCACGCUUGUUCUGGCUACCGCUCAUGCCUUGGUCAAACUGGAUGAGGGUGAUAUCGUUGGUGACCCUAUGGAGAAGGCUACAUUGACGGCUCUCAAUUGGACUCUUGGAAACAACGAUACAUUGACCAGCGCUCCGCCUUCGAAGUCAAAGAAGGCUCAUUCCACAGCAGGCGCUGCUCAUAUCGUUCAGAUCAAAAGACGGUUCCAGUUUUCUUCGGCUCUUAAACGGCAAAGCUCUGUGGCAGUUGUUUCUGUCACAGAUCCCAAGACCGGACGACGAGGCAAAGGAACUUUUGUCGGUGUGAAAGGUGCUCCUGAGACCAUCUCCAAGAUGCUUGUCGAGGUCCCUCCCAAGUACGAAGAGACCUUCAAAUACUUCACCAGAAAUGGAGCCAGAGUUCUCGCCCUUGCUUACAAGUAUCUUUCGACGGAGGCGGAGAUUGGUCAGAAGCGUAUCAACGAUCUGAAGCGCGAAGAGGUUGAAGCCGAGUUGACCUUUGCUGGCUUUUUGGUCCUCCAAACUCCUCUGAAGGAAGAUGCUAUUAGAGCGGUGCAGAUGUUGAAUGAGAGCAGCCAUCGAGUUGUGAUGAUCACUGGAGACAAUCCUUUGACUGCUGUCCACGUUGCUCGUCAGGUCGAGAUCGUCGACCGGGACUGUUUGAUCUUGGAUGCUCCUGAGCAUGACGAGUCAGGCAAGAAGCUCGUCUGGAGAAGCGUCGAUGAAAAGACCAUCAUUCCUGUUGAUCCGGCCAAAGACAUUGAUCCGAAGAUUCUUGAGACGAAAGACUUGUGUGUUACAGGUUAUGCUUUGGGCAAGUUCACUGGACAGCAAGCCUUCAAGACCCUCCUCAGAUAUACAUGGGUGUAUGCGCGAGUGUCGCCGAAACAGAAGGAAGAAAUCUUGAUUGGACUGAAAGACCUGGGCUACACAACUCUCAUGUGCGGUGAUGGUACGAAUGACGUCGGUGCUUUGAAGCAAGCGCACGUUGGUGUUGCUCUACUCAAUGGCUCCCCAGACGACCUAACCAAAAUCAGCGAUCACUUUAGGACCACCAAGAUGAAAGAGAUCUAUGAGAAGCAAGUUCAGCUCAUGAAGCGAUUCAAUCAGCCAGCGCCCCCUGUCCCACCCGGUAUCGCCCAUCUCUACCCACCCGGUCCCAGCAAUCCUCAUCAUGAGAAAGCGGUCAAGGCGAUUGCGGAGAAGAAGGGUAUUCAACUAGAGAAUGGUGAUGCUGAGAACGGGGCCAUCGAGACCAUCACGUCGCCUGGAGCACAGGCUGUGCAGCAUGCGAAUUCCAGCCUGACGCCUCAACAACGACGCCAGCAGGAAGCACAGCAGAAGGCCGCCAAUUGGGCUGACAAAUUCACAUCAUCCAUGAUGGAAAAUGAGCUUGAUGACAGUGAGCCACCCACCAUCAAGUUGGGUGACGCUUCGGUUGCUGCACCAUUUACCAGCAAGUUGGCAAAUGUCGUCGCCAUUCCGAACAUUAUCAGACAGGGCAGAUGUACGCUGGUUGCAACGAUCCAGAUGUACAAGAUCCUUGCCCUCAAUUGUCUGAUCAGUGCAUACAGUUUGUCAGUCAUCUACCUCUCCGGCAUCAAGUUCGGGGACGGCCAAGUCACCAUCAGUGGCAUGCUGAUGUCGGUCUGUUUCUUGUCCAUAUCACGAGCCAAACCGGUCGAAGCUUUGUCGCGUGAACGACCUCAACCCAACAUUUUGAAUGCAUAUAUCCUGGGGUCUGUUCUUGGUCAGUUCGCCAUCCACUGCGCCACGCUAAUUUACCUCUCGAAUGUUGUCUACUCAAUCGUUCCUCCCUCAACAGAGGUCGACUUGGAGGGUGAAUUUGAACCCAGUCUUCUCAACAGUGCGGUGUAUCUUAUGCAGCUCAUUCAACAAGUCUCGACCUUUGCCAUCAACUACCAGGGCCGCCCGUUUCGCGAGAGUAUUCGAGAAAACAGAGGCAUGUACUGGGGACUCUUGGCUUGCUCUUUCGUCGCCUUUGCCGGCAGUACAGAGUUGCUGCCUGAGCUCAAUGACAAGUUGCGCCUUGUGCCUUUCAGGAGUGACUUCAAGUGGACCUUGACGAUGCUCAUGAUUGUUGACUACUGUGGUUGCUGGGUCGUUGAGCAAGUCUUCAAGAGACUAUUCAGCGACUUCAGACCCAAAGAUAUCGCCAUCAAGCGGCCAGAUCAAGUGGCCAGAGAUGACAAGCGCAAGAGGGAAUUGGCCGAGAAGGCUGAACAAGAGAGAAUCGCAGAGAUAGAGCGGAGGCGAGGAGUUGCUGAUAGCACCGCACCAGCAGCAGUGAGGAAGUAGUGGACGAUGUUCGGGAUUGCUUCAUUCAAUAGACUGUCCUACUAGAUUUAAACAUGGAUCGAAGGACCCGAUCAAUGUGAUGCAAUGGCAUUUGCCA